GGAAAACAUUACGCCAUUACUUCAGUUUUCAAGCCAGUAACUAGGGUUUCUUGUUUAUAGAGUAGAUAAAACUUCAAAAAGAAAAGAAAUGUCAUAUGAUUACAGUGAUUCACUGCCUGCAGAAGCUGCCAAACGUUAUCAAGAGAAACUACAAUCGCUUGGCCUUGAAAAAUGCCCUUACAAGCUCCCUGCUGACGAUUGGAUUGACGAUCCGACUGAGUGGCCAAGUUUGACCUAUCACCACCUAUAUCACUACUUGAUAAGACGGUCUGCAACUAGUGUUAAUACACCAGCGUUAAAUUGGGGAAGAAAUCAUGAGGAUGAAGCAAUAACAUUAUAUGAAAAUGUUUUUGCAAAUCCGGAGUUUAUAACCGAUUUUUUACCGGUCACCGAUGUCUCCACCCAUGAAAAUUUCAAAGUUGGUCGCUUGGGUCUUUGUAUACACACCGUGAAACAAUGGUAUGGAUCCUCUCCUGAUGCCGCAACAUCAUGUGACUGUUGUGGUUUCGGUGUGUUGGAAGUAAAGUGUCCAUAUAGUUUGAAAGAGAAAUCGUUGAAAAAAGAAAUUUAUUUUGGAAAGUUUUAUAUUACAUAUAUAUGAUGUAAACAAUGGGUAUACUUUGAAAAAUAAUCAUACUUAUUACUACCAAGUUCAACUAGAAAUAUUUACAACAGCUGUCAAGUGGUGUGACUUUAUGGUCUGGACACCAACUGAAUUUAUAAUAAUAAGAAUAUCAAAAGAUGAAGAAUUUGAGAAAAAUGUCAUUCCAUCGUGUGAUUCAUUUUGGAAAAACAUUAUCCUUAUUGAAUUGAUGACACGAAAAAGUUAAAACACUGAGAUUGACACCGCUGAAUCGCCUGCAGUUAAUACUCCUACCACUAAAAAGCUUUACUGUAUAUGUAAAACUGAUGAUCCAACAGGAGAAAUGGUGACGAGAAAAACACGGGAGGAAUUUAGACUAUGUUCACACAUUGCGGAUAGAUGUCAAUAGAUGUGCGGGUAGAUAUAACUCAAUUUUUUGUCAGACUUGCAAGCAUUGGGUACAUAAGAAGUGCAGUAGUAUUGGUGGAAGGUUAAGAGCUGACAUUCAGUUUGUAUGCAAGCGCUGCAAAGGUGAGUAUUUCCAGCUUCAAUGAUCUACAACAGCGGCUCGUUAGAGAUAGUUGAGAACUUCUGUUGCUUAGGUGAUAUGUUGGGCAGUGAAGGGGGUGUUGGAAGAAGUGUCACUUGCAGGAUAGGUUCUGCUUGGAAAAAGUUCGGAGAGUUACUUCCUUUGUUGACUAGCAGAGUCUUGUCAAUUGAGUUAAAAGGUAGGUUGUAUGAGGCCUGUGGAAGAAGUGUUAUGUUGUACGGUAGUGAGACAUGGGCAGUGAAGCAGGAAGAUCUUGACUGUUUAGAUAGGAGUGAUAUGAGAAUGGUUAGGUGGAUGUGUAACGCCAGUCUGAGAGACAGAAAGAGUUCAGAUGAGCUAAGAAACAGGUUAAGUAUCCGUAGAAUUAAAGAUGUUAUCCAGAUAAGAAGAUUGAAUUGGCUGGGGCACUUGGAAAGAAUGAAGGGAGAUAAUUGGGUAAGAAAGUGUAGAGACUUGAUAGUUCCUGGGGCAAAGCUCAGACGCGGACCGAGAAAGACUUUGCAGGAGGUUAUAAGGACAGACUUGAUAUAGAGGAAGUUGAGUUUAGAUCUAACACAGUCAAGAUCAGAUUGGAAGAGGGUCAUUAAUAUACCCCGUCCAACCCAUGCUAGCAUGGAAAACGGAUGUUAAGCCGAGAAUGAUGAUGAUGAAUGAUGAUGAUGAUGUCGUUUCGGAAUGAUUUUUCUUGCGGGUAGGCCUCACGUUCACACGGUUUCAAAGCUAUCAGAUAUGCGAAACGGGAUGAU